AUCCCUAGCGCAUUGUGUAUGCAUUACGCAUUUGCGAAAUUUACUAAGAGAAAUAUAUUUUAAGACAAUUUAAACACAAUACUUGUGACUGUGCCUGUGCAAAAAACCUACCAAUUGCUGCCUGGAAACGCGCCACACCUGAGCUACUGUGGCCAUGUACGCCACCAACAAUGGCAGCACAAAUAAGGCGCCAAAUAGCAAUGCCACAACGAUGUUUGAUAACACAAUUACCGUGACACCGAUCAAAAUGGAGCUGGGCUCAGCAAUCACAAAAACAACGCCAUCAACAGCGCCGGCCCUAAGGCGUCCCAAUGCCGUCAUUGUCACAACACAGCAGCUAACAAUGCCAAUGCAAACGAGUUUGCCCGUGAGCAACAGCAGCAACUCACCGUAUACGGGCAUCAGUGUUACCUCCAUGACGACAACGGCGACGACGACGACGACGCCAAAGGAGAAACCCACAAAAGCGGCGCGUGUUCAGGUCGUACGCAAACCGCCGCCAACGAUUGACAAUUUUUGGCCAAACAUAUUGAGUGAAGUGAUUGGGAUUGGGCAGGUGGAUGCCAAGCAUCAGGUGCUGCCGCUGGCGCGUAUCAAGAAGAUUAUGAAGUUGGAUGAGAAUGCUAAGAUGAUUGCGGGCGAGGCGCCGCUGCUGUUCGCCAAGGCCUGUGAAUAUUUCAUACAGGAGCUGACGAUGCGCGCCUGGGUGCACACCGAGGAGAGUCGACGUCGGACGCUGCAGAGAUCGGAUAUUGCGCAGGCCAUUGCCAAUUAUGAUCAAUUUGAUUUUCUUAUUGAUAUUGUGCCGCGCGAGGAGAUCAAACCGUCAACCACACAGAAAACCAAAGAGCCAGCCACCAGCUCGAAUGUGUCAGCGGCAACUGCUGCUGCCAACGCCAACGCCGCCGCCGCGGCUGCAGCAGCAGCAUCAUCUGCUGUAUCUGCUGUUGCUGUCAGCAGCAAUACUGCCAGUGGCAACUUUGCAACAAAUGUGAGUUCCGUGAAUGUACCUGCUACGGCUGCAGCGACUGGCCUCAAACUGGAUCCAACUGCUGCCGAAGUGCUUGGCUUUAGCACGGUCAAUCCCGAUCUGUUUGCAGCGGCAGCAGCAAGCAGUAGCCAACAACUGCAACAGCUUACCGCGCAACAGCAUCAACCGCAGCAGGUGCAGAUCAUACAACAGGGCGCUGGUGCCCAACAGCUGCAAUACUUUAUAGCGUUGCCCGGUCAGCAGCCCAAUCAGUUGGUGCAGCAGCUGCAUCAGCAACAGCAACAGCAGCAACAGAAUAGUCUCGGUCUCAAUAUUGUUGCCCAGCAGCCGACACAACAGUUAAUACUCACCGCCGGACCCAAUGGCCAACUGACAGCGACGCCGGCACCCACAGCACAGCAGCAGCAGACGGCGCUGCUACAGAAUCUGGCGCAACAGCAGCAGCAACAACAGCAGCACCAGCAACAACAGCAGCAGCAGCAACAAAUCCAACUACUGCAGCAGGUUGUCACACAAAAUGGCGAACUGACCAAUGUGCCGAUUGCAAUCAAUGCCAAUCAGCUGCACUUGCUGCGUCUGCAGAUGCAACAACAACAGCAGCAACAACAGCAGGUUGCUGCCGUGCAAGCAGCGGCGGCGGCGGCGCAACAUAAUCAACAGCAGCAGGUUAUCAUUCCCACGCAAUUGUUGACGGCACAGCAGAUACUGCAGCUUGGUGGCACGCCAACAAAUGCCACAACGCUGACACAGCAGCAGCUGCAGCAACAUCAACAACAGCAGCAGCAGCAGCAACAACAGCAGCAGCAGCAACACCAACAGCAGCAGCAACAACAACACCAACAGCAGCAGCAACAUCAGCAGCAGCAGCAGCAACAACAUAUGCACAUUACUACCAACAAUGCCAACAGCAAUAAUGCCGGCAACAACAACAAUGCCACGCCCAUAUUCAUAAAUGCAACAGCAACAAAUACACAAAACACAACACAAACACAAGCACAGACAAUUUCAGCAUUAACCACCGAUCGAACGCUGACUGGUGGCUUUCGGUAAAACCAUAAAUAGUACAUAUUAAUAUAAACGUAAGCAGAAAUUAAUAAUUUAAAUCUUAAGUUGAAAGCAAAACCCCAAAACAAACACACACGCACUCAACCAAUUAUUUGUAAGCUUAUAAGUUAAUGUUAAGCACAAAACAUUUAAAUAUCGAAUGGAAAGUCCCAAAUUGACCGUUAGCAAUCAUAUCCAAGCAUCGGGAGGCAAAUUUUGUUAAAUGGCGAUUAGAGAUUUGGUUUUAUUUAGUGUUAGGCAUUGAUUGCCUGUCGCCUGCCCAGGCCAUUAAAAAAGAAGAAAACACAUAUUACCAUGUAUUUUGUAUAUUAUUAAUCAAGCAAGGAAGAGGAGAAUUUAAUUAGUUAGCAACUAAGUCGAAAUGUAAAUGAAUAAUAUAUUGCAAAUUAUAUUCAAAAUUUGAAUAAUGUAUAAAUUAAGUGAAGCCGACAGCUGACUGUGGGAAUGCUCCUUGAGUUGCCAGUCUCCAGAAUUGUGUACAUAUCAUAACAUAUGAAAAUGAACAAAUUAUUUAUUGUAUUUCUCACUUGCCCCUGCCCCUGCCCCACCCACUCUUGUAGCACGCACACUAUAACUUAAAUUCCAAAUGAUGCCAAUGUACAGAGAGAUUUGAUGAGAGAGUGUGCGUGCGUGUGUGUGUGCGUGUGUGUAUAUUCAAUUAUCAGCUAAAUUAUAAUAAUAACAAUAACAAACAGCUGUGGCAUAAGGAGUAUUCCCCUUCAAAAUCAGGUUUCACAUCAUAUUUUUAACAAUAUAUAUUUAUAAUAACAAUAAUAAUAAUAAUAGUAACUUGCCCCGCCCCCACUUCCCCGGCUCCCCUUCCAUCUCUGUCGACAAGAUUACCAUAUUAUGUGUAUGUAUAUGUUUAGUUAAAUACUUGUGUUUAAUGAAGUAAACUUGCAGCAACAACAAUUUCCAAUUGUCUGUAUUUCGUAUCUGUCUGUCUUUGUUUCCGUCUCCGUUUUCGUCUCGUGAUCCUUUGUCUAGUUGAAAAUUCUUUACUCCGCAGCAAUUGUGCCCUUUUAAAUGAGCUACAUAAAAAUGGGUAUUUUAGUGUUGUGCAAUUUAUGAAAGAGGCAUAUUUAAACCUAUAAAGCUUAUACAGUUAGUCAGGUAAUUCUUUUGACAAAAUAUACAAUUCUU